AUGGUUGAGGAUAGGUUAACGAGAUCUUUGGACGCCCUCGGUGGGGUGGAGGAUGACAUUGAGAAAGUAGAAAAAGAAGUUGAACUUAUAAGGUUAAGCAAGCUUUCUCCCAUUUAUGAACGUCGUUCAAGGGCAAUUUCUGGGGUUGAUGGGUUUUGGAAGGUUGUUCUCUCUCAACAUUCAGAUUUUGCCAACUACGUGCGUGCAGCAGACUUGAAGUAUGUUGAUUGCAUCAAAUCGAUUGACAUUAAAUGGCUGUGUCUGGAGAAUAAGAAUAAGGAUUACCGCGAUGUAGCUAUUUCUUUUGAGUUUGAAGGCAUUGAUGGAGAUUUUGAAGCUCAAGUGGUUACUAAAUACUUCACAAUUGAACAUGACACGUCCAUGUUCAAAUACAGAGGUAAACGCACUGAGGAAGACGAUUUGAGGGAUCAGGAGCUGGGUUUUCUUACGAGUAAACCCUGCGCGAUUAAGUGGCCAAAGAGUUACGACGGUAUAAAUCCAUCGCUAGUCAGUGAUAAAACUUCGGCAAAGGGUAAAAAGGACUAUCGCACUGGCAUGAAAUCAUUUUUCUCCUGGUUCAUGUGGACAGGGUUAAAGAUUGGAAAAGAGUUUUCUAACGGUGAUGGAUUUGCAAACCUUUUGACUGACGACAUAUUCCCAAAUAGUACCAAGUAUUAUACUGAGGCGCAGGUUGACUUGGAAGACGAAAAUAUUGACGAUGAGGAUAUCAGUGAUGGUCCCAUUGAAAUGGACUCAGAAGAGAGCGGUUCGAACGGAAGCUCCGAUGAAACUGGGACUAGCUCCAAGAAACGGAAACUGUAG